AUGAUAUUAUGUAUAAUAUCCACAAGAUGUAGUCAACUAACAGUUGGCGACUGUGGCACAGAGGCCAGGCGUCCACAGGUCAGUGACAUCUCUGUGAGCUGUGGCACCUCAUCCAUUGGUUUGGCGAUUCAGAUCUGCCCGGUCAUCUACACCGGCUACAAUGACACCCUGCUGAUCCUGAACCACAUGGUGGAACCGGCCUGUAGAGCAACCCUCGAUGAUUCUGUGACUCCACCUGUGGCUCGCUUUAACUUCCCUCUGAACAUGACCCAUGCCUGUGGGAGCAUUUUCAGGACCACCAGCGCUGCAGGGACGGGGGUAUUCUCUGACUUUUCAAACAUCCAGACGGUCAACAUCAGCGGGGUCGUUCGGUCCGUCGAUCCUACAACAGGCACCAUCACUUACAAUGCUGAGCUGAAGUACUAUUACUCCUGUGCCUACCCCUUAGAGUACCUGGUCAACAACACCCAGAUUGAUGUGUCAGCCUCCUCUAUUGCUAUCAAGGACAACAAUGGGAGUUUCAUCAGCACCUUGAGCAUGGAGCUCUUCAAAGACUCCAACUUUACCCGACCACUGGCCAUACCAGAUCUGGGGAUUGAGCUGAGGACCAGCAUUUAUGUCGAGGUAAAGGCCACUAACUUGACAGGGCAGUACAAUGUGCUGCUGGACCGGUGUUAUGCCUCCAUCUCCCCACUGCCUUCCAACUCCAGCUUCUUCAACCUCUUCGUCCCGUGCUCAAAGGAUCAGUUCACCAACAUGAUCGAAAACGGAGACAGCCAGAGCGCCCGCUUCCGCUUCCCGGCUUUCCGCUUCAUCGAGCAGGAGAACGAGACCGUGUCCACUUACUACCUCCACUGCAUCACCCGGCUGUGUGAAAUCAGCACCUGCAGCGCCUUCAAGCAGUGCAACAACCGAAGGAAGAGGAGCACACUGGACACAUCUGAAUCCGGCAUCAGUCAGACUUACACCAUCAGCUCCUCUGAGAUCGUCACCAAAGCCGACACCAGCGAAUCUAAAGAGAAGCCCAUCUACGCUGAGGAAGAGGACGACUCUGCUGUCGGGCUCGGUGUGGCUGUUGGUGUCCUCGCCUUCGCUUGCAUUAUUGCCCUCGGUGUUUCAGCCAUGUUUUACAAAAGGCUCAGGAACUAA